AUGUUGCUUUGUUUGUCUGAUUUAGCAGAGCAGGAGUUGCACGGGAGCAGAGGAGCGCCGGGGCAGGGGAGGAGCGGAGGAAGAGAGGAGGAGGAUAGGAGGAGAGGAGGAGGAGAGGAGGGGCAGAGGAGGGGGAGAGGAGGAGGAGAGGAGGGCCAUAGGAGGAGGAGAGGAGGAGGAGAGGAGGAGGAGUGGAGGAGGAGAGGAGGAGGAGAGGAGGAGGAGAGGAGGAGCAGAGGAUUAACGAAGGGAGGAGGCCAAGGGGGAUUCUCUGCUAUUGCCAGAGAUGCAUCGGAUGGGCGAGCAGAUUGGGCGAGCAGCAGAGGAGAAGCGGAGGCGAGGAGCAGCAGAGGAGGAGGCAAAGGAGCAAAAGAGAAUCCCCUGCCCCUGCCACUGAGGAGCAGAGGAGAUGGCGCUGAGGGGAUGGGAGUAGCUGUGGAGCGAAAGAGAAUCCCCUGCCCCUGCCAAGGAGGCGAAGGAGUGAAGGAGGAGGGGAGUGGAGCAAGGAGUGAAGGAGGAGAGGAGUGGAGCAAAGGAGUCAUGGAGCACAGCACAGUGGUGGAGGGACUCUCUGCUGCCGAUGGCUUCUCCUCCCAUCCCGCAGGAGAUGGACGAGUUGGCUCAGCUGAGGAGGAGAUGAGGAGCAGAGGAGCGACGGCUCAGCUGAGGAGAGGUGGAGCAGCAGCGGAGGUGGAGCGAAGGAGUGAAGGAGCGAAGGAGCACGAUCGAGCACAGGUGAAGAGGAGUGGAGGAGCAAAGGGGAUGCGCAGCAGCAACAUUAGGAGAAGAGUGGUGAUGCUGCGUUGGAGGUGGAGUGGUGCUGCUGCGUUGGAGGUGGAGUGGUGCUGCUACGUUAGAGGUGGAGUGGUGCUGCUGCCUUGGAGGUGGAGUGGUGCUGCUGCCUUGGAGGUGGAGUGGGUCCCAAGCGAUGGUUCCCACCUCACCGCGGUGCUUGGGUGUAACGUUAGGAGCUCUGCUCCUAGCGGCCAAGAGGAACCCCCCAUGGAUUCAUUUCAGUACAUGGGAAUUAAAAUGGAUUUAGCUAAGGAGAAUAAGUCGCUCAAGGCAGAGCUAGAGAAGGUUCGAGCUGCUCUUGCGAAAUCAGAGAGCACGUGCUUGGCUCUUCAGAAGGACCUCGCCGGUAUCGACGACAGCUAUCAGAAGCGGUUAGGGAAGCAAGCAGAGCGGCUUGCGUUGUGUCAGAAUGAGUUGGAGAAGUAUCAGAUGAAGGUUGAGAAGCUUCAGCGAGAGAAGAAAGAUAUUGAGGAGUCCAUAUCCGUUAGCAGUCAACAAGACACCUCGGCUUCGGUAGUGAGGCCGUCCGAGGAUCAAACCGCUUCUGAUGCAGAUUCAUCGCAAGCAAAGGGUCAGGAGAAUGAACAGCUCGACGAGCAUGAUUCCUCCAAUGAAUCUUCGGAAAGCCGCCAUGCUCUUGGAAAUAUCGGCAAGUGCAGUACCGAUGGCUCCUCCGUCGAGAAAGAAGUCACCGCCGUUUCAACCCCUGAAACCGAUCAGUUCUCCCUCGGAACUGCUGGACUCGACUCUGGCGUCAUUGACAACAUUCCUGACUCAAAUCUUAAAUCAGAGCUGAGCGCACCGAGGCAACUUCAGCUGGAAACCGCUUUGGAGGCUACGAGGAAGGAGAACUCGGAGCUGAGGGCUCAGCUGGAGGAGAAGGACAUGGAGCUGGCGCGAGUGAGGGAGACGGCCACGUGGCAGGAUAUGGAGAUGACCAAGCUAAGAGGCAUGGUGAAGGACCUGUCUCUUCCAGAUUCUGCACUGAAGGUGUCUGAAACAGAUCCUAAAGCAUUGGUGGUCGCUAAUGAGAAAAUUAACGAACUCGAGAAGAAGGUGUCAGAGCUGGCUUCAGCGAAAAAGAGGCCCAAGUUCUUGAAGUUUCUUUGCAUGUCCUGA